CACCAGCAGUGGAGAUGUCAUUGGAAUCAUCAACAAUAAUGUACAGCUUCAUUCCCAUAUGUUAUUUGUCGUUCUGUGCGUUGCUCUUCGAGUGUGACGGUAUCGUGAUAAGAAACGUGGCUACUGACGACGACAUGAUGAUUCAAGAAUUUACGUACUGUAACGGGAACGUCAGUGCGUGUAUGAAAGUGCCGGGUCGAAUAUGCAACCAAGAUGAUGUCCUGUCCGCCUACCAAGUUCAACUUCUUGAGAAUCAGCUGUCCAGUUUCCAGCAAUCCACGCCAUGUCCCUGCAACGACGACAACUGUACUACUAGAUUUAUGAUGACUAUACUAUUGUUAAACGAAUUACCUUGGAAUAAAACUGAUCCCUUAUAUCAACGUAAAGAUGUCGCGGUGGCCAGGAUGACUAACACAUUCAGGAUAGAACUGGAAAAAUCAGCAAAGUGUGGAGAGAAUGUUGUUAUUGUAAUAGUGGUGCAAGAGAAAAUGGUUGCAUUCUGGUGCAUCACACGUCGAGACAAGAAGACUUCGUGGGAAUACUGGACUUCAUUUUUCUGGUAUCCAUUGUUAUACUGGGUCAGUGGUAUCCAUUGCUAUACUGAGCCAGUGGUAUCCAUUGCUAUACUGGGUCAAUGGUAUCCAUUCCUAUACUGGGUCAGUGGUAUCCAUUGCUAUACUGAGUCAGUGGUAUCCAUUGUUAUACUGAGUCAGUGGUAUCCAUUGCUAUACUGGAUCGGUGGUAUCCAUUGCUAUACUGGGUCGGUGGUAUCCAUUGCUAUACUGAGUCAGUGGUAUCCAUUGUUAUACUGGGUCGGUGGUAUCCAUUGCUAUACUGAGCCAGUGGUAUCCAUUGCUAUACUGGGUCAGUGGUAUCCAUUGCUAUACUGGAUCGGUGGUAACCAUUGCUAUACUGGGUCGGUGGUAUCCAUUGCUAUACUGGGCCAGUGGUAUCCAUUGUUAUACUGA